AUGUCCCAGCAUUCCUCCAGUGGUGGAGGAGGCGGACCCUGCCACUGUACGCCGGACGACUGCGAUGGCCCAUGCAGAGACUACUAUCACGGUCACAGCGAUGGCCACUAUUUUCCUCCAGGGGGCCCAUCUGAGGCUCUGGCACUGGAGAGACAUCACUCUCACUCCCAUUCCCACAGUCACUCUGGAGGGGGAACCUUCCCACGUUCACACCCCAGUCAGCACCCGCCCCUCCCAUCAUAUGACUCAUGCGAGGAGUGCCUGUCCUCAGGACACGGGGGCAAAAUGCACCGUGUCCCCCCCAACCUGAUGGACCAGUUUGAGAAGCAGGUGCCCUUUCAUCCUGAUGGCUUCCACACAUUGCAGUACCAACGUACAGCCAGCGGGGGAACUGAACAGCGGAGUGAGAGCCCCUCCCGUAUCCGCCACUUGGUCAACUCAGUACAACGCCUUUUUGCCAAGUCUCAUUCACUAGAGGCACCGUCCAAACGGGAGUACAAUGACACAAGAGGAGGCGGUGGGGACUACCGCAGUGAAAGGGGAGGAGGCCACCGGACCGGAGGAGAGGAUGGGGGAGGCUACUACUCAGGCCACCAGUCUCGCUCAACAAGAAGAAGCAAGUCGCGAGAGCGCAGCAAGAGCGGAGACUCACGCCAUGAACCGGGCCGACGCCACCGCAGCAGGACGGCGGGCUGGUGGAGUUCUGACGACAAUCUGGACAGUGACAGUGGCUUCCUGGUGGGCGGGGGCAGACAGGGUUAUCCCAUCGGACACGAGAGCCUGGAUGCGGCCAUCCAGGAACUCACCAUGAAGAAACCCAAGGAGCGCAUUAGCGGGCCUGGCCACGGGGAGUGCAUGGCCUGUACCGCAAUGGCGCUGGCUGGGAGUGAGGGAGGAGGACACCACGGGCACCACGGACACUCCCUGAAGAGGAGCACGUGGUCGGCCAUGACAGUGAGUCAGGCUAGGGAGGUGUACCCUUCAGCUCGGGGGGGAGCCUAUGACAAAGCGCUUGUACCAAUGGACAGCAAGCUGAAGGAGAGAUCUUUCCACUACCUGCAGGUCCCGUCAGAAGAUUGGGGAGGCGGAUAUGCCGGAGGUGGCACAGCUGACAGCGGAGGGGAGAUUCCCUGCCGGCGCAUGCGGAGUGGCAGCUACAUAAAGGCCAUGGGUGAUGAUGACAGCGGUGAAUCAGACGCAAGCCCCAAAGCUUCUCCAAAGUCCACGCUGAUUGCACAAAGGGACGCCUUCCGGCGAUCUAUCAGCAUGGAUCAAAGGUACUCGUGUAAGCAGUGUACGGACUCCUUCCCCAACACCAGAACAGCACCCAAAAAUCAGACCCGCUCUCGUAGUUACACCCGCUCUCUCACCAGCUCACAGAUUGGUGACAGUUUGAACCGGCAGUUUGAGGCGGUGUGUGAGACCAUGUUUGGGGAGGUGGAGUCUCAGGCGGUCGAGGCCCUGGAUCUUCCGGGGGUGUUUCGCACCCGGAGCCACAGCUACGUCCGCGCGAUCCAGGCCGGCUGUUCCCAGGAUGACGACUGCCUGUCAGUUUUCUCUAUGUCAGGCCCCCAGGGCAGCAUCAAGGGCGGGGCCGUCUUUCCUUAUCGUAAAGGUGCUCCUCCACCGCUCCCACCUCGCAUGUCCAAGUCUUCACUGUCAGUACGAGCCCAGAGCAGCACGGAGUCUACCCAGGAUGCCUACUUUCAAAACAGUGGACAGAUGCCCUCGGUCUCCGGUCCAGGGCACCCCAAACAGCACAGCAACUCCGUGGACCUGGGCAGCUCUGACGUAACUUCCGGUCGCUCCUCUAGAGCAGGCUACUACACCGCGGCAGGACCCGGACGUUCCCGACAGCAGAGCAACUCGGCAGAGAGCCUAGAUGGGAUAAGGAGCUCACGAGAGCUGGUGCCCUACGGAGCGGGACCGGGAGUCGGGGUGAGAGCUAAACACAGCACUUCGGCUGACAGUUUACUGGAGGGACAUCCGAGACCAGCCAGGGAGAGGGAUGGUAGGGCUGGAGGCAGCCUAGGGAAGUCGUCCUCUCUGAUCCAGAACAGCAUGGUGUUGAGUAAAAUUGGAGGAGGGCAGGAUGAUGGGCGUAGUGGCAGAAAGUGGAGACCAUCUAUAGCUGUGCAGGUUGACAGCUCGGAGACACUGUCGGACUCUGACGGAGAGGGAAAGACUCUUACAGAAGUCCACUCUAUAGGAGUCCAAGUGGAAGACAACAAAAGGUGGGCUCGUUUCAAACGCUCAAACAGCGUGACAGCGAGCGUGCAAGCCGACCUGGACCCUGAGGGUUUCCCUGGUCUCAGCAUCGCUGUGCCAACACAGGACAAAGGACUGCAGUUCGGCUGUUCGUUCCAAAGGCACUCGUCAGAACCCGAGUCAGCCAGUCAGUACACAGAGUGCCACCGCACCGUGCACACACAGGGACAGUGGGCCUACAGAGAGGAUUUUAUCCAGAGUGGAUACUCCACUGAGCCGUGCCCAGCAGACCCCCGGCCCCACCAGCACCCGCACUUACCUCCACGUGCCCACUCCCCACUGCCCAUCACCACAGAGCGGGCAUGGGUGGGGACACCUUCGCUGGAAGGACCCAGGAGCCUGCCUGACUCAGGAAGAGCCUCGCCCUGCAUGAGAGAUGGGGAGUUCUUCUUACGCCUCCUGCAGACUGAGGUGGAGAGGAUGGAGGGUUGGUGCCAGACGAUGGAGAGAGAGGCCGAGGAAAACGAGUUGCCGGAGGACGUUCUUGAGCUGAUCCGUAAUGUAGUUGGCAGCGCCCAGAUGCUCAUGUCACAGAAAGUCCAGCAGUUCUUCCACCUGUGCCAACAAAAUAUGGACUCCUCGGCAUACCCCCAGCCCAGCUCUCAGGACCUGGCAGGCGUCUGGGACCUGCUGCAGCUCAACAUAGAGGACGUCAGGGUCAAGUUCCAGGACCUGCAGAAGCUCAAGGACUCUGGUUGGCGGCUCCCACUCGAAAAGAAGGAGGAUAAGAAGCUUCCUCCUCCCUUACCAAAGAAGCCAGCAGGUGGAGUGAGCGGUAGCCUUCGGACCGACAGCGUCAGCGAUGGUGCAGGCGGCAGAGGCGGUGGAAGCAGCUCGGCCGGUCUGGUGGUGCCUCGUGUGGGUGGUCAUACCCUACCCAUGAGGGAGAAGUCCAUGGAGAUCGGGGACCGUCAGAGGAUAGAGGCAAGAAGGAGGCUGCUGCAGACCAAGCGCACCACCUCUUUCAGGCAGAACUCAGCCACAGAAAGCGCCGACAGCAUUGAGAUCUACAUCCCCGAAGCCCAAACUCGACUGUAAACACAGGACAUGCACAGGUUCCCCACCUACCCUUACCCACUGCAAAGCCGGCCUACGUACUAACCUUUCUCUAAGCCUGGUUCUGCAUCUUCUCGGGUCACUGCUGUUAUCUCACCUCGGUAUUCCUGUCAGUGCACUUAGCGCGACUGCAAACUCAGUUCUCAUUGGUGGAAGACUCCAAACAAGCAAUGACAGCCAUCACGUGUCUUGACAUAUGGGCGUUGUACUGAGGCGGCCGUAGAACUGAAAAGGUAGCUAUCAAAUUUACAAACUUUUUUUUUUCAUUUUUGCUGCCGAUAAAUUGUUUUUAUGAGAAUAAUCAAUGCAGGCUCACACAGUAGUAGCAUGCAUGCGCGUGUUCACCUUCUCCACCACCGAAAAGGGCUUAAAGGCAGACAUGACAGAAAUUUUCCUUGUUGCCAUCAUUUUAAUGCCAUUUAUAAGGAACAACUAUAUUUAUGCGGCCUGUGAAUUAGAGCAAGAUCUUUCCACAGCCUUCACUGAUGCCAUGGGUAUGGAUGGCGAUACUUGCACCUUCGGUUUAAAGCCCUUAAACGUAUAUGUUCGGCCACAGGACGCUCUUUAAGCACAAUCAGCCUUUUUCCCAGGCGCCAUCUGUAGAUCUGUCCUGGGUUUCUUCCCUGCUGCCCCCAUAGCCCAAGCUAGGCUGAGCUGCAGUGUAGCAUCACAGCCUUGGCAGCUGGAGAGCAUCACACACAAAACCAGAGCAGUUCGCUUUUUAACGUAGUCUUUCUGAAGUUACAGUGAGUAUUCACAGAUGGGUGGGGGAGGUUUUUUUGUAGGAAUUCUAUUUAUUACCUGAACUUUAAGUCUUUACUGAAAACGCCCCCAUUUCACUGUGAGACUAUAGCACCACCAAGAGGUACAACAAGGACCCAAAUCAACACCAGUUGUCAGUCAGGUUGAACAAAUGUGAUCAAAACAGCCAUAAGGAAAAUUAAGUUUCAUUCUUGCCCUUCUCAGUUUUUCUUCACAAACAUACAGUAUUAGUUGAAAGGAACUUUUCCCC